UCGCAUGUUUGCUGACGUCCAACAGUCGACUUGCACUGAAGUCUCCGGGGCUGAAGGCCUAGGGACUUUUUGUUGCUGUUGAAAAUUCCAACAAAUGCCCGUGUUUUCGUACCCGGUUUGAGCGGGUCGUCGUCUUUAUGAAGCAUUUGUGCCUUGUGUUGACUGCGAAAUAAGAGUACGAUAGUAGUCGGAGAAGCCAGCUGGUUGUAGGAAGUCAGUGCGAGGAAGCUGCGAGGAUUGAAAAAAUGACAUCUCGGAGGUGGUUCCACCCAAACAUUACAGGUGUCGAGGCUGAGAAUCUUCUGUUGACCAGGGGAGUUGAUGGAAGCUUUCUGGCCCGGCCUAGCAAGAGUAACCCUGGAGACUUCACCCUCUCAGUCCGGAGGAACGGCGCUGUCACCCACAUCAAGAUCCAGAACACAGGGGACUAUUAUGACCUGUACGGGGGAGAGAAGUUCGCCACGCUGGCCGAGCUGGUGCAGUACUACAUGGAGCACCACGGGCAGCUGAAGGAGAAAAACGGAGACGUCAUCGAGCUCAAGUACCCGCUUAACUGUGCCGAUCCCACUUCAGAACGGUGGUUCCACGGCCAUCUGUCUGGCCGGGAGGCCGAGAAGCUGCUGACUGAGAAGGGGAAGAACGGCAGCUUCCUGGUGCGGGAGAGUCAGAGUCACCCUGGGGACUUUGUCCUCUCCGUCCGCACGGGGGACGACAAGACGGACAGCAGCGACAGCAAACCCAAAGUGACGCACGUCAUGAUCCGCUGCAAGCCUGACCUGAAGUACGACGUGGGCGGGGGGGAGAAGUUUGACUCUCUCACUGACCUGGUGGAGCAUUACAAGAAGAACCCCAUGGUGGAGACCCUGGGCACAGUGCUGCAGCUCAAACAGCCCCUCAACACCACGCGCAUCAACGCUGCCGAGAUCGAGAGCCGGGUGAGGGAGCUCAGCAAACUGGCCGAGGCCACAGACAAGGUCAAGCAGGGCUUCUGGGAGGAAUUUGAGACUCUGCAGCAGCAGGAGUGUAAGCUGCUGUACAGCCGUAAGGAGGGCCAGAGAGCAGACAACAAGAACAAGAACCGAUACAAGAACAUCCUACCCUUCGACCACUCGCGCGUGGAGCUGAAAGAUGGGGACGCAAAUGACCCUGGCUCAGACUACAUCAAUGCCAACAUCAUCACGGUAGUAAAUGAAACCAUGCCGGACGGCGAGUCCAAGUCGACCAGCGGCCGCCUGAAGAAGAGCUACAUCGCCACGCAGGGCUGCCUGCAGAACACCAUCAGCGACUUCUGGAGGAUGGUCUUCCAGGAGAACUCCCGGGUCAUCGUCAUGACGACCAAGGAGGUGGAACGGGGGAAGAGUAAGUGUGUGAAGUAUUGGCCUGACAUGUCGGCUCUGAAGGAGUACGGAGCCAUGCGCGUCCGGAACGUCAAGGAGACCGCCGCCCACGACUACAUCCUACGGGAACUCAAACUGUCCAAGGUCGGACAGGGCAACACGGAGCGCACAGUGUGGCAGUACCACUUCAGGGCGUGGCCGGACCACGGCGUGCCCACAGACCCUGGAGGAGUGCUGGACUUCCUGGAGGAGGUCAACCUGAAGCAGGAGAGCAUCCUGGAGUCUGGGCCCAUAGUGGUGCACUGCAGCGCUGGGAUUGGCAGGACGGGCACGUUCAUCGUCAUCGACAUCCUCAUCGACGUCAUCCGAGAAAAAGGGGUGGACUGUGACAUAGACGUGCCUAAGAGCAUCCAGAUGGUUCGAUCUCAGCGCUCUGGGAUGGUGCAGACUGAGGCGCAGUAUCGCUUCAUCUACAUGGCCGUGCAGCACUACAUAGAAACACUGCAGCGUCGCAUCGAGGAGGAACAGAAGAGUAAGAUUAAGGGGCGUGAGUACACCAACAUCAAGUACUCUCUGUCUGACCUGACCGCUGGAGACCAGAGCCCUCUGCCCCCCUGCACCCCCCUCCCCACGCCCACCUGCACAGAGAUGAGGGAGGACUCUUCUAGAGUGUACGAGAAUGUGGGAUUGAUGCAGCAGCAGAAAAGCUUCAGAUGAGAUUCGACCCCUUAUGCUGUCCCAGUUCCAGGAACCAGAACGAGUUUGUUUGCAAGCUGUACCUUGACUCCUGAGACGUCGUCAUGACGACGACACGGAACGAUAGACAACAUGAAAACAACAUGAGAGCGAUCAGUGACCAGCGAGGAGUUCACCUCUCCUCAUCCCCCUCCCCCGGUUCCUCCUCCUCCUCCUUCCCCCCUCCUCCUCCUUCCCUUCCUCAUCCUCCUUCCCUUCCUCAUCCUCCUGUUCCUCCUGCCUCUUCCUCCUCCUUCCUCAUCCUCCUGUUCCUCCUGCCUCUUCCUCCUCCUUCCUCAUCCUCCUGUUCCUCCUGCCUCUUCCUCCUCCUUCCUCAUCCUCCUGUUCCUCCUGCCUCUUCCUCCUCCUUCCUCAUCCUCCUGUUCCUCCUGCCUCUUCCUCCUCCUUCCUCAUCCUCCUGUUCCUCCUGCCUCUUCCUCCUCCCCCUCCUCUUCCACCCCCAGCCCUUUCAUACUUCAUAGUGAAGUGUCGCUCCCUAGAUCUAAACCACUGUGACCAUGACGGGAGCCUCAGAAUCCCUGACGAUCCCCCCCCCCCACACACACACACCGCGGCUUGGGUUCAGAUUCCUCUCAGACCCACCUGACAAGGGCUGCAGCCAGCGAGCACUCUCCUCAGAGGGAAAACCCCCCUGCUACCCUUCCAGCAUCCAUAUUCAUCUCCUUUUCCAUUAUUAUUAUAUAUUUUUUGUGCCAAUGCAUUGUCUGUGUGUUUGUAUUAACCAAAGGAAAGAAACUUAUAUGUUGUUUGUGGGGGAUAAUGAGAUUAUUGAGAGCUUCCUCAGAGCUGUGAAAAGGCCUUUGCCAAAAACAUCCAACCUCUCAGCCAAUCAGCAGUCGUCUUUUGUGGAAGGGGAAGAAGGGGACCAUGUGUGCAGAGUUAAAGGGACUCGCCCCAUCCUUAUAUGGAGUCUGGUUUUCACUGUUAUGCAUUGUAUUCUGUUACUGAAUGAAGAAUUCUGGGUAUUGUAUCGAGGAAUUUAUUUGUUUGUUUGUUUGUAUCUUAAUUGUUAACUUCUAAUAGACAGCCCUCCUCGUACAGGACUUGUUUGUCGAGUGUCACAAGAACUGCCUAGCUAGCAGAUGAACUAUUCAGGCUGCGUGGGUAUUGGUUUCUCUCAGUUUUCUUACAGAUUUCUUUGGGAUUUUGACAGCGUUUUUGGUUGGGCUCUAGACGUUUCCAUUCCCAAGCUUAUUCACAGUGCCCGUAACCUGGCAGUGGCAUGGCAGUUACUGCUGCAGCCUUGAGCCCUCUGUAUCGCCACGGCAGCAAGAUGCAAGUUUCCCCGUUUUGCCUGGUAGGGUGUGAAUGGAAUUUUCCGUGAAGGUGGGCUGAUUCAUUUUACAAUUUAAGUCCAUCUCCUGUGUGUCAAAGUAAUUAUGGAGCUAUUAAAAGUUUCAGGGGACAUUUAGUUGUUUAUGCCCAUCAGCCUAACAGGCAUUAAAACUCUGGCUUGGUUGUCAAAACUUUUAGAUAUUAUUUUUUUUAUUGCAUUAUGAGACUUAUGUUUUGGUGUUCUUUUUUUGUGUUCAUUUUAAUAUCUUGUGUGUGCUUUUGAAGCACCACAUGAACUUAAUUUUCAGUCACUUUUUCUAGAAGCAAACGCAUUGAACUUCAGCAACUUAAGUGUUCCUCUUCAUAGUUGUCAUAGAAACAACAGGCCAUGUAUGGGUUGGCUGGACUUGCUUUGAGAGUCUGACCAGUCAAGAAUUUGUGUUCACACACACACACACACCAUAUGUUUAUAUGUGUGUGCUCAAACAGAGACUGGAUAAACUAAAAAUGCUUGAUUCUACAGUAUCUAUGUGUUUUGCAGCUACAGUGUAAUUCCUUGUCACACUAAACCACAUAACUCUUUGUUGUCCACAAGAAAGAAAGUUCUUAGGCUUUGGCGACAGUAUUCCUGAAAAGGUGAUGCCUUGUUUGAUUAAAUAUAGAAUAUUUGCAAGUGCUUUACGAAGACAGUAAGAAUCUAUUCACUUCAUUUCAAAUGUGUUUUUUCAUACACUUCCCUCCCCAGCUCGACACAUCACUGUUUAAAGGCCUUUGAAUCACUGCAGUCUUUUUCGGGAGUAUCCCAGGUCUCUCUUCAGGCAUCUAGGUUACCACAGGUCUCCUAGGUUACCUCAGGUCUCCUAGGUUACCACAGGUCUCCUUCCAAGGUCUACAUGUCUGAUGUAGGAUCAGAGAUCAGUGUCUCACCACAGAAUGUCACUAGAGAGAAAAAUGCCAGACUGACCUUACAUCAGUGCUAAACAACAAUGUUCUUGGCAACUAGGCUCUUAAGCCAGUGUAUUCUGGUGUUACCUGGCUGUAUGACAACAGUGUUAUUUGCCUAGUUUAAUGUUUUUUCAUGGGCGUAGAGACCAUGUGUUGAUUUGUGGGAUCCUCAAGUAUCUAGUGUACUGUAUGUUGUGUGUCUGUUUAUUGUAUUGUAGGUGAGUUGUCAUUGGAAGUUGUGUGUGUGUGUGUGUGUGUGCGUGCGUGCGUGCGCGUGCGUGUAUUGAGAGAACACUGCUGUUUCCGCUGCCUGCCUCUGAAUGCUCAGUCUUCACUUAAUGUUUCUUCUCUGAUCAUGAAAGUGCUUUCAAAAUUCUCGUCUGUUUCUAUCACGUAACCAAUUUACAUGCAUAGAUGUGCCUCCUAUGCAUAUGCCUGUGUACGUGUUAGCUCUACUAUAGGAAGAAAUCGCUUUUUGUUUCAUCUCCUCUCAAGGACUAAAAUACAGUACUUUAAUGUGAAUACUGUCAUCCUAAACAUCCUGAACAAAAAAUGAAAAAUGUUGAUCGCAAUGCAAACAAACUCUAUUUUUUAACUUGUAUAUUGUACAUGAAUAUCUUGUAGAAGAGAAUGUACUAAACAUAUCUACAUGCCAAUAAGAUAUACUGUAUGUGUGUAUUCCAAUAGCUCUCCUGAAACAAAGUGAGGGAUCCAUCAAAGGCUUAAACGGUUUAUUGUAUUGUAUGACUUUCAAUGCAGGUAACCAUGGUAACUUCCUUGAUAACAAUAAAUGGCAAGCUCACGCCUCA